GUACACACUACGGAGUACAGCCGACCGACCAGUCUGGUGUGAGGGUUCAACCCUGGACAUGAUCAACCCCGGGCGCAGAUAAAGGUGAGCAGCCAACAUUGUGUGAUCUGGUUUUCACCCAAUUUUCAACCAGUUGUCGACUGUAAGUGUCAAGAGGAUGCACAGGACCCGCCACUGUACUGUGUAUAGCAUCACCAACAGGGCGACCGACUGCAGUCAGCCUCUGAUCGGGCACCGGUCGUGCCGGUGGGGCGCUGCCACCUGAUUCAGAAGCAACAACCCACCCCGGACAGCCGAGCCUCGGCAAAGCCUCGCCAAAAGGGCUCGGCCCGUCACACCUGCGGCCAUAUCGCAAGUGUAUGUGAUCCGGGACACCAGCAGCCCCUUCGCCAUAUCUACACCAGGCACGUCGCACCCACAGUGUCGACGUCUCCAGGCCAACAUGUCGCAGGAAGGAGGCACAAACCGUCCGACACUGGUCCGCCCAGCACCCGAGGACCCGGACAAGGCCCCAAUCGAGAAUGUCCUCGACGUGCUGGAGCUCGGCGUCUUUGGCCCGGACAUCUUCACCAACAAGCGGCCGUUGUGGCACCCGCCAGGUGCCAGGGGCGUCUUUGGGGGUGCCAUGAUAGCCAUGUGUCUCGCUGCCGGCCAGAAGACCGUCCCGGAUGACUUCACCGUCCACUCGUGCCAUUGCUACUUCAUCCUGGCCGGGUCAUCCGAGAUCCCCGUCCUCUUCCACGUCGAGCGCGUCCGCGACGGCCGCAGCUUCGCCACCCGCACCGUCCAGGCCAGGCAGAAGGGCAAGUGCAUCUUCACCACAACCAUGUCCUUCACAAAGGAGCUCCGGCCCAGCCCGGCCGCCCCGCCCAACCACGAGUUCAAGGACAACGUCGUGCGCCAUGCCGCCCCCAUGCCCACGGACCCCGCCACCGGCAGCCCCGUCCAGCCCCCGCCCCAGGACUUCGACGACGAGCCCGAGCUGACCCGCUCCGGCGGCGGGCCCUUCCAGAGCUACCGCGCCGAGGUCGUCAGCCCCGGCGCCGACCACCCCGCCCCGCCCCACACCAAGAGGAUGCGCCAGUGGUACCGCGCACGCGGCAAGAUCUCCGAGGCUGGCGGCCACCAGGCCCACAUCAACGCCCUGGCCUACGUGUCCGACUCGUACUUCAUCGGCACCGUGUCGCGCAUCCACAAGCUGUGGCGCUUCCCCUUCGCCGCCAGGGACUUUAGCGACCUCCCGCCCGACCUCAAGGACCACAUCCGCAAGCUCAACGACUUUGAAGGCUACGGCGGCCAGAGCACCCUCGAGGAGUUUGCCGACUUCUGGAAGGACAGGCCCGAGAUCGGUAUGAUGGUGUCCCUGGACCACUCCAUCUACUUCCACGAGCCCAGGAGGGUCAAGGCCGACGAGUGGAUGAUGAGUGAGAUGGAGAGCCCCUGGUCAGGCGACGGCAGGGGCGUCGUGACCCAGAGGAUAUUCGCUGCGGACGGUACGCUCCUUGCGACUUGUUUCCAGGAGGGCGUUGUCAGGCUCAAAGAGCCAGAGGCUUCGACAGCCAGAGGACCCGCUAAGCCAAAGCUGUGAGGUGACGUCGGCAGCGCGUUUUUUGGGGGCCGCGAGGGAUGAUACCAUGACUGCAUCGCGAUUCCAAGUGUUUUUGUGCAGUAGAUAUAGAGUGACAUGGUCGCAUGGGAUCUUGUCACUAAACGCUCUGGAAAUAGGCAGCGUUCUUUGUAUACUGUAAGAAUAGACUCGGAUUUUUUUUUUCUUUUCAAACGUGCUUAACAGCUGACCUAUGAACUACAAAAUCUCAUACGGCUUGGUUUGAAGAGUUUUCCUAAACAGCCACAACAGAACACUGAAAAUUAUCAGUCCUGCA